AUGACGACCUCUAUAUUCCUGGUAUACAUGCUCCACGGCUAUCGUCAAUAUCGUCAAUAUCUCAAGAGAGAUUUUGAAGCUGGGUAUCCGGAAGAAUCCGCACCACACAUUAUAUCACGUAACUAUCAGUGGUACUCAAUGAGGAAGCGCAGCAUGUUCGGCACCGUUCUCGGCGCGAUCGGCUAUUUUAUUUACAGUACAUGCCUCUUGCUGUUUCAAAGCUUCAUUUCACCCGUUACCUGUGACCUACUGUUGUGGGGGACACUCGUAGGCUUUUAUACCUGGACAUUUGCGUUUUGCUGGCGCGCUUACCGAUUGCAUUUUCUAAUGAAGCUCAACGUGCUUCGACAACGAUUCAUGCGCACAUCGAACCCUUUGAGGACGAACCGUCAAUACGAUCCUGACUAUCAGUGGUUCAUGGAGAACAAAAACUUCAAAACCAUCGAUGCCCGUCGACCCAUUGCCAUGUAUAUCACCAGCAUGUCCGUGAUCAUUGUCAUUUGCGCCGUAUGCGAAGUGUUUGCUCGACAACACAUGGAGUGCCAAUUUGAAUGGGGCAAUUACUUGCAAAUGGGCUGCUUUGCCGUCUUUAUCGUGGUGAUUGCACCUUUCAACUUGUGGUAUCUUCGCGGGAUUCAGGAUACGCACGGAAUACGAAAUGAACUCAUGCUCAGCCUGACGGUGGGGUUCCCCCUGUUUGUCCUUUACGUGGUCUGGCUGUUUGUCUUGCCACCGCGAUCGCCUUACUCUUGGACGGUGGCCCGCGGCGUUUAUUCGGCUUCCAACUGGGCACUACUGAUGAUGGCGACCGGUCACACCGCGUCGGUGGUGGUUCCCUUGUUCGAUAUCACUCACAUUAUCCGAUUAAUCCUUACCAAUCUGGUGUGCCACGGCAAAUGCAGCUUGCAAGAAAGCGAACCAGUGAAACAACAACCGAAAAAUGCUCGCAACCAAAGGGGUCCCUUGGAGCUCAACAGCAGUUCACUCAAACGCGCUCUCAGUGAACGAGAAACUAUCAGACUGCUGCGGGAAUGGGCCAUCAAGGAUUUCAGUGUGGAAAACAUUAUCUUUUUUGAAUAUUACUUCAAACUUGGCGCCGAAGUCAAAAAGACACAAAUCACCCCGUCGUUUUUGUCGGUGCCCUCGACUCACUCGCCACUCCACCUAUUAUCUAAAUCUUCCACCGCUUCGUCAAGUAUCAGAGAAUCACCGAUGCAUGACAUUCUUACCACGCCCGUAGGCCCCGGUGUGAUACCUUACUUUAUCGAAUUCUACGAAACCUUUAUCUGCGACACCGCGCCUCUGCAAGUCAAUAUUUCGUACAAAGCGAAACAGGCAUUGGAUGUCACUUUUUACCCGUUUGUCCAAAAACGACGUAGAAACAGCGCUUUGGGAAGACCGGAAGACUGGGACGUAGCAGCCGAGGACAUCAUUGAAGCGGAAGACGCAAACAUGUCUGACAAGGCAGCCUUUGUGGAUUUCACCGAUGCUGAUAGGUUGAGUCUCCUUAAUCAAGUCGAUUCUAAAAGGUCAUCCUCGAGAGCCAUCUCUUCUGUUCAGUGCCAUCCACCUCCAUCGUCUCGCAGGUCUACAGAGACGUCGGAAUCAUCGACCAUGGACCUUACACUCACCCUGGCCAUCUUUGAUGACGCUACAAAGGAAGUGUUUUGGAAUAUUUUUUCCGGUCUCUUUCCCAAAGUAGUCGAAGAUUCCAAAAAGUGUUGUAAUAAAUGA